AUGCGACGCGAGACGCUGCUCGCGUGCGCCGUCUGGGUCGAGCUCUCGUUGCUCGCGGCGUCGCCCACGGUCGCGAUUUCGCCGACGUGCAUCGCGUGGAAGUGCGUCAAGCGCCUUCGUCGAGCGCUAUCCAAGACGACGACGACGACGACGACGACGACGACGACGACGUGCAGCUCGACCACGACGACCAUGUCCCCGACUCGCGGCGACGACGACGCGACGCCCGAGAAGAAGACGCGCGCGCCGAAGCCGCCGAAGCGGACGUCCCCUCGCAACCUCCCGCGCGAACACCUCCUCCCCAAGGAGGUCGUCGUGCGUCUCUACACGGCGCACGAGCGACACUUCAUAAAGCAAGGGCAAAAAUAUUUCGGGAAGCGCACCGGCGGCGUCGCGUUAAACCCGACGGUGUGGGACGACCGGUGCUCGCGUCUGCUCGCCGACGCCUCUCCGCACAGGAACUUUAUCGUGCGCCUGAGAGCGCACUUGCGCGCGGACGGGCACACGCUGCAGACGCCGAGGUUGUUCUUAGGCGCGUCCCAGGUAGAUGGGGCCCCGUACGACCGCGUCGGCGCGGCCGUUCCUGAGGACUUCCCCCGCGUGUGUUUCUAUCCGCCCACCCCUCGCUUUCGAUCCCGAAGCAUCGCGAUGCCUUUCAACUCCACCCCGACGUCGCUUCGUGUGGACCGACCCUCAGGGUUCCACGCGACGCCGAAGGAGAACACGACGGCGAUCAUGCGCGACGGGUUCGACCCGCGCAAGCGACGCUCGAGCGGUAACGGCGGUACGUCGUGCAUUAUAUCACUAUUCGACCAUAUUAUAUUUCGACCAGAACAACCAGCCACCGCAACUUACCCGCCGUCGUCUCGGUCACCCCCCCCCCCCCCCUCCUUCCACCCCAUCCCCCUGUCGGUCGCAGCGUGGUUCGCCGGGAGCGUGCGGUCCGCGAUCGACUUCGCGUGCGGGUCGCAGUGUCGCCAGGCGUCCGCGUUGGACGUCCUCCUCGUCGCGCUGCUGCCGUGUGGGUACGUCACGACGCACCACGGGGACCCUCCGGUGGCGUUCGCGGAGCAGCCGGACCGGAGCGCGUUCAUCGAGACGGCGUACGUGUUCUCGGAGGACGCCGCGCUGCCGUUGGCGCACUGGAAGAGUUGA